UACAUUAACUUCAUUGCGUACAGCGGCGACGGACUUUCAUUUCAUCCGAAAAAACCAAUUUAAAUGAGUCGUAUAUUUUUUUUAAAUUAAAAUCUCUGCGCUACAGUUACGAUCAUAACUUUUGUCGGUUUACAGAACCGUAACAGUUACAUAUUUGCAUAUUUAAGACCAAUGACAGCUUUGACCAGGCGUAAACUAAGUGCAAAGUAGUAUUUCUCGGGAAAAUGCGCAUGAAUUCUUAACCGCAGUUUGUUUAUUUAUUUACCGAGUCUUUACGAAGAGUCUCACACAAUGGCGGAUGGAGCUGUGGUAUUUGGAUCUGGUUUAAACUCAAGUUGCAUGACCUCUCGAGUGAAGAAAGGCAACAAUAACAACACCAGCGCUUCAAUACCAGCGAACAUGAGGAGGAAGACUCGACAGAGUAACAGAAGAGACAUUCACAACCGGGUUGUGUUAGAGAAGGUCUUGGGCAUCACUGCCUCCAGCAGCAGUGCUUUAACCUGUGACCCAAACACUGGUUUAGUGGCAUAUCCUGCAGGUUGUGUUAUUGUCAUCCUGAGCCCAAAGAAAAACAAACAGACACACAUAUUCAACACAUCCAGGAAAACCUUCAGCGCCUUGGCUUUCUCGCAGAAUGGAAAAUAUUUGGUCACUGGUGAGAGUGGGCAUAUGCCACAUGUUCGAGUAUGGGACGUGGCAGAGCGGACACAGGUGGCAGAGCUCCAGUGCCAUAAGUAUGGGGUGGCAUGCGUAGCUUUCUCCCCUAAUGGGAGUUAUAUAGUGUCUGUGGGAUAUCAGCAUGACGGGACUGUCAGCGUCUGGAAGUGGAAGAAGGGGACUGUUAUCGCAUCCAAUAAGGUGUCCAGUCGAGUGCUUGCAGUCUCUUUCUCUGAGGACAACAGCUACUUUGUAACAGCAGGAAACAGACAUGUUAAGUUCUGGUAUCUAGAUGCAUCAAAAGAGAGAAGGGUGAACAGCACAGUGCCUUUGAUUGGUCGUUCAGGAUUGUUGGGUGAACACCAGAACAGUCAGUUUUGUGGUUUGGCUUGUGGUCGUGGCUCUAUGGCCAACAGCACUUACUGCAUCACACACAUGGGUCUGUUGUGUCAGUUUAACACUAACAGACAACUGGAUUCAUGGGUUGACCUAAAGACCACAUCAGCACAGUGCCUGUCGGUGAGCGAGUCGUUUGUUUUUUGCGGUUGUGCAGAUGGCACAGUGCGUGUAUUCAGCCCAAAGGACCUCCGUUACAUCACUACUUUACACCGGCCACAUUGCUUAGGAGUGGAUGUGUCUCAGGGUAUUCAGCCAGGACAUCUGUUUGGGGCAAAUCCAGAAUCUCAGUAUCCAGAUACCCUGGCUUUAACGUUCGAUCCUGUGACCUGCCACUUGACUUGUGUGUAUAAUGACCACAGCGUGUACGUAUGGGACGUGAGAGACAUUCGAAAUGUAGGGAAGGUUUACUCGGCUCUGUAUCACAGCGGAUGUGUUUGGAGUGUGGAGACUUACCCUGAGCUAGAAGAUCCAUCAGCGGCGUGUUUGUCUCCUGGCUCUUUCCUCACCUGUUCCUCAGAUAACACCAUUCGCCUGUGGAAAUCUGAGUCACCUCAGAGUCACAGCCAAGGACUUGGCCAUCGCCACAACCUUUACAGUCAGGACCUCAUGAGGAUUGUGUAUGUAGAUGAAGACACACAGUGCCUCAAAGCUGAGGCUGAGAAAGCUGAGGGAAGCAGCCAGGAUAGUAAAUCUGGCAUCAGGGUGAUGGGUGUCAGCCCAGAUGGACAACAUUUGGCUGCCGGAGAUCGCAAUGGGAACUUGAGAAUUUUUGGGUUGCACUUUCUCGAUGAGCUGACAAAAAUCGAAGCCCAUGAUUCAGAGGUUUUGUGUCUGGCGUUCUCCCCAAAAGAAACUGGUCUGCAGUUGUUGGCCUCAGCAAGUCGUGAUCGACUCAUUCAUAUCUUUGACAUGGAGAGAAGUUAUCACCUUGUACAGACCGUUUACGAUCAUUCAGCCUCUAUCACUGCCAUCAAGUUCACGGGACUGAAUUCAGAGGUGUGUAUGGUCAGCUGUGGCGCUGAUAAAAGCAUUUACUUCCGAUCUGCUGAGAAGACCACUGAGGGUUUGAACUUUUCACGAUCUCAUCAUAUAGUGGAGAAGACGACUCUGUAUGACAUGGACCUGGAUGCCACACGUACACACACUGCUAUCGCGUGUCAGGAUCGUAACAUCAGAGUUUACAAUGUGAGGAGUGGCAAAAUGAAGAAGUGCUUUAAAGGCUCCCUGAAUGAUGAUGGGACUCUGCUCAAGGUCCAAUUGGAUCCUUCAGGGAUGUUUUUGGCCACCAGCUGUUCGGACAAAAAUAUCUGCAUCUUUGAUUAUGAGUCAGGAGAGUGUGUAGCCACCUUAUUUGGUCAUUCGGAAAUUGUUACAGGUAUGAAGUUCAGCCAGGACUGUAGGCACCUAAUCACUGUAUCUGGUGACAGCUGUGUGUUUGUAUGGCGACUGGACUCACAGAUGACCAACUCGAUGAGGAAGAAGUUGGCUGAAAGGAAAGAUUUGUCAGGCCUGAGGCUUCAAAGGGUUCCCAGUAAAGAGCAAACCAUCAGGAGAGAGACGUACAUCGCUGUGCCUUGCAGUGCACCACCUCGUGUGGAGGAGGAAGAGGAGGGCAGCUUAAUGCCCAAAGACAAUCAGGAAGAUGGUACUGAGGACUGCAGCACUCCUAACCGGCUCGACUCUGCCGAUGUAUCUCUAGAACCUGUGGUGCUUCAAACCAAUGGUAAAAUGCCCAUGUGGGUCCGCAGACUGGGUGGAGGUGAAAACGAUGGUGGUGUAGCCAGCAGAGCGCAGUAUCAGCCACAGGGCCGCUGGGCGGUGCAGUCAGAUCCACUAGCCAUCCGCACAGUAUUGGAGAUGAAGAGUAUGCAGCUUCCUCUAUCACACACCCCCUGUAGAGCCGUGGGAGAGGAAGAGGAUGAGGAAGACUCUCACUUUCAUCCACAAAGUUUGGACAGUCUGCUGGAUGAAGAUCUAGAUGAUAAUGAUUUGGAGGAAGAUGAUAAAAUUUGCCGUGUCUCUACAGGUGGAUUUGGGUCUUCACUUCAAGGGCCAGACUUUACGCAGUUGCCACAAGGAGAGGAGAACUUUGCUCCAGAGCUCAGCUCACUAGAGAAGACCGCCUAUAUUUUAUACCCAGCCAACAGCACUGCCUUGUCUACUGGAGAAGGAGAGUUUGAUGUUAAAGCUUUGUGUGAGGGGGCAGGUGAAGACCCCGAGGAAGAAGAGCUAAGCCCAGAUAGCGCCUGUUCAGCCGAGAGCCCGGCCUCCCAAAGCGAUCAACCCCAUGACCUGGACACAGAUUCCCUCAGUCAUGUGAGCUCCACAGGAAGUUCAGGAGUUGAGGAGAUCGAGGAUGAAGAAGAAUCUGGGACUCUGCUUCGACAACACUUUGACACUAUGGCUGUGGCCGCUAAUGAGAACUUCAACACAGAUCUGAGCGGUCUGCAGCCCAAUACAGAAAGUCACUUCCUCAAUCCACGUCUAAGUAUCUCCACACGCUUCCUCUCUCGAUUUCAGGGUCGUUUCCGUUCUGUAGGGACUGGUAACAGACCUGCCGCCAGUCUGCCCAGUAUACCAGAUGAAUCCACUGAUAGCUGUCAGACACUGGAUUGCACAACGGUUAAAUCGAAGCUUUCACAUAACUGCAGUGGCACGGAUAGCAUUAAGGAAGAGGGUGAGAAAAAAGUUCCCAAGAAGCGUUCCUCAAUAUCUGCUCGGAAAUCUUCUCGCAGUUUAUCUAUGUACCGCUGGAAAACUGCUCUAGGAGAAAUCACAAACAAAACCAUUCAGUCCAAAUCCCAAAAUGCCGUCAGCACCAUCACCACCAAAUCAGCCAGCAAUGCUUGUGAGGCAUCUGGAGGACGCUACAGCCAAAGCUACAUGGGUCCCACUGCCAGCUCUCGUGCCAAGAUGUCCCGGAGCAACUCGGUGGAGGGUAUGAACGUUUGUGCGUCUGAGGAAACCAUCAUACAAUCCUUGACUUUAGACCUAAAUGUAGAGCAAUGUAAAGAGAACAUCCUCCCUGAUUCUCAUUCAACAUCAGCCCUUUCCACUCGUGCCCCGGGUAACCACAGUGCUCGGGCAGCUCUUCGAUUGGACCUCGGUGCCACAGAUCGUGUCAGCCUGUCACCUGCGUCGCUCAAGAACCGUCUGGGAAAAGUAGAGCAGACCGAGACUCCACGUCGACAGGCUUUGGUGACGCCAACAGAAAUGCGUUCACUGGGUAAAGAGUGUCGACAGCAGAUCAAUAAUAUUGAGCAGAGUUUGACUCCUAAGGCCACAAACAGAGUUUCAACUGGGUCCGAAGUGUGUCCUGGGAACUUUAAAGAAUCAGAAAUCAAUGACAACACGGUCGAGGAUAAACUGGCCUCAGAGUUGUGUGAGGACGAACAGGCAUCAGGUCCGACCUCAGUGAUCAACUCGGACUCUCAAAACACAGAAACAAAAGACUGCGUACAAGAAGAUCCAGGUUUCUCUGGAGAAACGUUGAGUGUCCAGAUGUGUAAGGAGAUGGUGAAUGAACUGUGGCACACAAUCCAUAAAGCAGCCGACUUUUAUAGCAAGUUGUGCUCCACGCAAGAGUCAUCUGAACAGCAGGAACAGAUGAAGAGCAUUUUACAGGAGGCAUUUGUGGGUGUACAGAGCGAGUUAAACUCCCUCUGCCCACAGGAGAAGAAGAGCGGCCGCCCCGUGCCGGAGGACUCUCCCGGACGCCAGCUCAGAGAUGACAGGACUGUUGCUCUUUUGGAGAAAUACUCGGAGAUGCUCUUGCUGCGGAUGACUGAAAAAGGAGCACACGUGCUCGAGUAACUGCUCGGUCUCAUAUAUCAGAUUCAUUUGCCUUUGGUUUUUAGCCCUAAUUGUGUAGCGCUUGGCUAAAAACCUCUGAAGGGAUAUUCCCAAAAGCACCUUUACUUUACGCCUGAAUGUUUGUUUUUAUUAAGUUUUUAAAUAAAAAUGUAAAUUCAUACUUUUAGGAAUAAUGUUUAAUUCAUUUCAAAACACUGAGUAUUUGUUUGUAUACAGUAUCUGAAUCUUUGCACACUACAUUUCAGUGCUCGAGUGUAUUUGGUCACAUACACUUCAUAAUCAAUUUUGUCCUCAAAUAUUUUAAGGCAUUUAUCAAAGCAAACUUUGCAGGCCAGCAAUGUGUACAGUUUAAAACAGUAUUAUUAUUUUAAGUUGAAUUAUGAAUUGUGUACUACGGUUGGUGUUCAGGGUCUGUUUUGUUUGAAUCGAGAUAUUUGUAGUUUUACACAUUUUGUGCCAUCACAACCACGCAGACUGACUAAGAAGUGUUGCGUUACGUUGCGUGUUCCUUAAAAAUACUGACUUUUAGACAUUUGUCAAAUGUCAGGCGGUGACUCACAAUUUGCUGUCACUGGUGUGUUAUUUAUGCUUUCAUGUUGAUGUGCAAUCUUUUUCUUUCAUAAUAAAUGUAUAGGCAACUUCUUGGGUUUACUUUGUACAUAUGUUUUAAUCUGUUGUUUGUUUGCAUUAUUUUAUUAUUAAACAUUUUAAAUAUG